AAGCAGCCGGUUCAUCGGUUCGGUGAAUCUAAUCAAUCUCUGGAAUACAGUGAAAGGGUUGAAUUGCUGUUUCUUCGCCUGAACCGCUUCUCCUGAUAAUCAUUAUGCUCUGCUAGGAUUUACUGAUAGAUAUAUCAACACAGUUGGUCGGAUCUGCUAGCAUUUAUACUCAAAGGAUAACUGUUGAAUACUGUCAAAGGGAAAACUGAAAGUGUUUCACCUAGGGAUUCUUGUGUGGUGUCUCUCUUUGAUAGCAGCUUUACAUUACUCUAGAGAAGCAACUACUUGUGUAUCAAGCUUGUACAAGUGUUAAGUGAAAAACAUUCAGACCUGUUGUUCUCUACAAUAAUAGAACUUUGUGAGUACAUCUUUACACGUGUGUAUGCGUGGGCUGCAUCCUAUACAGUAUUAAAAGAGAUCAAUAACCAAGCAGUAUUAUACAUAAGAUUAUAUAUUAAUACACAUAUUACAUUGUCAUGAAGAGGAGAACAGAGAGUCAUGGCUUGUCUGGUGAAGACAUUGGGAUGAAAAGGAUAGUACGUCACAAAGGAACGAAUCAUGACUCACUUUCUCCUGAAAUUGAACGGAGCAGUGACUCACGCAAGCGCACUGUCUCUGAUAGGGACUUAGGAUCCUCCUCUGGUGGAGGGGGAAGCUCUGGAAAUUAUGACAAAUAUUCUGGGAGUGGGGGUGGUAAGUAUAGUGGAAGUUCCCACCGUGACCAUUCGCUUGAGAGGUCAAGCAUUGACAGGCAUAGCUCUAGUAAUAGGAGAGCAUCUUAUCCUGAGUCCAGUCGUCAUUCUAAAGGAUCCUAUGGUGCUGGAGGUGGGAGUGGUCCCAACCAUAUACUUGAUCAGAUUGAUUUCUCACUUCAUAUCAGUAACCUUGACAUGAGGCCUCCUGAUGAGGAGCUAAAGAAAGUCUUGUUUAAAGAGUUUAAGAAGUAUGGGUAUAUCACUGUUAAAGUCCUUGGUUAUGGUAAAGAAAGGAGAGCAUUCAUUAAUUACCAGCACUAUGAUGAAGCAAAGCGUGCCAAGAAGGAUAAGCAACGCAUUGUCUUGUUCAACAGACCAAUUAAUGUGGAGUGGUCCAAAUCUACACUUAUUAAAUACCCUGAUGUUGCUUCUGGUAGAAAACCAAGUACGUCAUCUGAUGUGACAUCAAAUUCUUUUAUUGAUGAUUUCCACGUGGGUGGAUCAUCUUCACAUGACCAUCACAGCAGAUCACGUGAUCAUCACACUGAUACAUCCUAUAACAGCCACCACAGUGGAUCACAUGAGCACCAUACUGAGUCACAUGACCGCAGUAGGUCACAUGAUCAUCGCAACGGCUCUAGUGAUCAUCGUCAUCAUUCACGUGAGAGGACCAGUGACCACAAGCGUGAUGUGAGUUAUAGGAGACCCUCCACCACUGAUUCAAAAUCAGUUCUUGAUUCUAAUGCAACACGCACACUGUUUGUUGGUAAUUUAGAAUUGGAUGUGACAGAGAGAGAAUUGAGGGACCUGUUCAGUCAAUAUGGACGCAUUGAGAGUGUUGAUAUCAAGCUUGCUAAAUCAGCCGGCACAAGUUAUUCAUUUAUCAAAUUCACAACAAUCACAGAUGCUAUUAAUGCCAAGAAUGAAAUGCAUGGACAUUUGUUUGGGACCUUCAGAUUAAAAAUUGGUUUUGGUAAGGGAUCACCGACCGGUAAAGUAUGGGUCGGUAAUUUAUCAAAUGCUCGGGAUCUUGCUGAAGUCAGACACGAGAUGGAUCGAUUCGGUCUAAUUAGGAGGUGUGACUAUCGUGAUCAUGACACUCAUGCUUAUGUGCAUUUUGAAAGCCUGGACGCUGCCCAAGCGGCAGUACAUGCCCUCCAGAACAUGCGGCUACGCAAUGGAAAAACGGUGAGACUUGAUAUACACAAACCGUUGCACAUGAGAGAGUUGGAGGAUGAUUUUCCGCCAGCAAGCCAUCACGAGUCUAAUGAUUAUUCAUCAGGAGGACAUCACCACAAAUCACGGUCUUCCUCUCAUCAUCAUCACAGAGACGUUGACUCUUUUGAUCAUGAGACAAGGAAAGAUAAACCCGAUGACCAUCACUUACGCCAUUCACAUCAUUCCUCCAAGGACAGGAUUGUUACAGAAGAAGACCGGAACUAUAGGAAGCGUCCACGUACUUCUCAGACCUUUGAUAAACACAGUGAUGCAGGGAGUUUCUCUGGUGAAUACAGUAGCACUAAACGUCAUUGCACUAGUCUUGAUUAUGAGAGCCCAAAGAGAUCCUCAUCAGUUGGUAAAGAUUAUCAGCAUCGUCCGUAUUACCAUCACUCUAAAAGAGGGGGUAGGCGUGGUGACCACACCCACUCAUCUGAGUCAUCUCCGCGUCAUAGGAGUCACAGGGGUCAUUCUUCUGAUGACAAGCAGCACACUGAGAAUAAAGACACAGCCACUUCUGGUGAUAAGGAUCAAACUAAUUGUAAUGGGGGUGAUGCCCCUCCUCCUCCUCCACCCCUUUCAGCUGAUGCUGUUGCUAGUAGCAGUAUGAUGAUGGAAGGAGAUACAGCUCUUAAACUGAGUGAUGCAACUGAACCUGUCUCACCUGAUAGUGAUGGGAAAGGUCCCAAACCUGAUUCCACACAUCCAGAGACCCUCUCUGAACUAGGCAAGUCUUAUCCCAUUGCUUGGAGAGGUAACUUGGUCUUGAAGAAUACCGGUUUCCCAGCAAGACUCCAUCUUGUAGGCGGAGACCCAUCUGUGGCUGAGUACUUGUUGAGAGGGAAGGAUGAACCCUGUGUGUUGAGGAUCACUCAGCGACUGCGACUUGAGCAACCAAGACUUGAUGAAGUGAACAAGAGGUUAACCAUAGCUGGUCCUAAUGGUCACUGUAUUCUCUUUGCACUCCCUGGGCCCACACUCAAUCAUGGCUCACCUGAUGAAGGUGAUGACAGCAUGCAGUUGAGGCCAUUGCGCAGUCUAGUCAGUUAUCUGAAGCAGAAAGAAGCAGCUGGUAUUGUGGCUCUUAGCUCUUCUGACAUUGGAGAUGGAGGGAGUGAGAAUGGUGGAGGGGUCAACAAGGAGGUCAUUGGUGUCUUGCAUGCUUUCCCUCCUUGUGAGUUCUCUCAGGCUCAACUGAUGAAAGUUAUACCUAGUCUCUCACUGGAGCCAUCUAAAGAGGAUCACAUUGUUAUACUUCUUGUGAAAGGGAAUGUCUGAAGGCUUUAUCCACUGGAGUGUCUGAACUUUAAAGACUUAUUUAUACUCUAGUUAAUAAUAAAUUAAUAAUUAGGAUCCCGCUUUACCAUAUUGUUGUGGUACAUUUAUAAACUGUUUGGUUUGUUUUACACUAUUUUGAAAACUUUUUUGCUACUAAUUUUUAACAUGUUCAUUGUUUAAUUGAUUUCAUAGCCUG